CCGCCCCCGGGGCCAAAGACCUUCCAGGUCACCUGGGAGCCUCCGCCCAAUGGGACGGACCAGACCGGAGGCGGAGAAGGUGGCGGUUAGAACAGAGCUGGGGAUCCUGGAGGGAAAGAGGAUGACUUCUGACACCCCAUGUUCCUGCGACUGCUUUGUCUCGGUGCCUCCAGCAUCGGCCAUCCCAGCUGUGAUCUUUGCCAAGAACUCUGACCGCCCCCGGGAUGAGGUGCAGGAGGUGGUGUUUGUACCUGCAGCCAUGCACCCCCCUGGGAGCCGGCUCCAGUGCACCUACAUUGAAGUGGAGCAGGUAUCGAAGACGCACGCUGUGAUCCUGAGCCGCCCUUCUUGGUUGUGGGGGGCCGAGAUGGGUGCAAAUGAGCAUGGUGUCUGCAUUGGCAACGAGGCAGUGUGGACCAAGGAGCCAGUUGGAGAGGGGGAGGCCCUGCUGGGCAUGGAUCUGCUCAGACUGGCUCUAGAGCGGAGUAGCUCAGCCCAAGAAGCUUUGGACGUGAUCACAGGCUUGCUGGAGCGCUAUGGGCAGGGGGGCAGCUGCCGGGAGGAUCCCACACCAUUCUGCUACCAUAACACUUUCUUGCUGGCUGACCGAACUGAGGCGUGGGUGCUGGAGACAGCUGGGCGUCUGUGGGCGGCCCAGAGGAUCCCAGAGGGGGCCCGGAACAUUUCCAACCAGCUGAGCAUUGGCACAGACAUCUCGGCUGAACACCCCGAGCUGCGGGCCCAAGCCCAGGCCCAAGGCUGGUGGAAUGGGCAGGACACCUUUCACUUCGCCCAGGUCUUCUCCCUGACCCAGCAACCUGUACGCAUGGAAGCUGCCAAGGCCCGCUUCCAGGUUGGCCAGGAGCUGCUGCGCCAACAGCAAGGGGGCAUCACAGCGGAGGUGAUGAUGGGGAUCCUCAGGAACAAGGAGAGUGGCAUCUGUAUGGAUUCUGGAGGCUUCCGCACCACGGCCAGCAUGGUGUCCAUCCUGCCUCGGGACCCUACACAGCCCUGUGUCCACUUCCUCACAGCCACGCCAGACCCCUCCAGGUCAGUGUUCAAACCUUUCAUCUUCGGGGUGGGCGUGAUCCAGACCCCGCAAGUGCUGUCCCCCACUUUUGGAGCACAGGAUCCUGCUCGGACCCUGCCCCGAUUCCAGACUCAGGUGGAUCGAAGACAUACCCUCUACCAGAGCCACCAGACAGCCCUGGGGCUGAUGGAGAAGAACCAGGCUCAGGGGCAGCAGCUCUGGCAGAAGCAGCAGGCUCUGGAGCAGGAAGGUCUGGAGGCUGUCAGGAGGCUACUGGCAGGCCAGCAGACACUGCCACUCCAGGAGUGGGGUGGGCUCUUCCAGACCUUCGUGGAGAGGGAGAGCCAGGUAUAUGCCUAAGCACCUCAGCACCUCAGCACCUCCUGGCCUGGGG